UAAGGGUGUGUUUGAUUUGCUAAAAAUUGAAUAACAUGACACGACAACUCAAGUGUUAUGAUGUUUGAUUUGUAAAACUGUUUCAGAUUUAGAUUGGCAUUCACACAGUGCUUGCACUUUCUGCGUUAAUCAUGGAAUCGGAUUUGUACUAAGCAUUACGCCAUAAACCCCUUUCUCUCUCUUCUCAAUUCAGAUCCACACACAUACAAUGCCGCUCAACAACAGAACCAAAGGAGGAUCUUCUUUUCCUCUUCUCGCUUUCGUUCUUCUCUGCCUUCUCGCUCCUCUCAUCUUCUUCUUCGCUUCAUCCCUUCACACUUCUUCCGAUCACAAUGGUAUUUCCGAUGUUACAAGCCAACAGGCUACCAAAUGGAGAGAACAGAAGGCACUACACGACCUUAAAUCUCUUUUUCCAAAAGAGGUUCUUGAUGUUAUUAAGUCCAGCACAAAUGAUAUGGGGCCUUUGAGUCUAGAAAAUUUCAGAAAUAAUCUUUCUGCUUCAUGGAGAGUUGUUGGGUCAAAGACUUCAAACGCAACACAUCAGCUAAACAACCCAGAAACACAUCUUAGACAAGAAGUUCAAAAGGAGAAGGAAGGAAGAUCUUCAGCAGGUCUUCCUCAGUGGACUGAUAGUCCCGUAAGGCUAGCCAGAAGGCAAUUAAUAGAGAAAAGGAUGGCAAAGCGGGCUGCUGAGUUGGUACAACAGGAUGAUGAAGUUAUUGUAAAACUUGAAGAUUUAGCUAUUGAACGUUCAAAAUCAGUUGAUUCAGCAGUUCUAGGUAAAUACAACCUUUGGAGGAAAGAAAAUGAAAAUGAGAAUGCUGAUUCUACCGUUCGGUUGAUGCGAGAUCAGAUCAUUAUGGCUAGGGUAUACUUGAGUAUUGCAAAGAUGAAGAACAAGCUUGAAUUGUACCAAGAACUGCAAAUUCGGCUUAAAGAGAGUCAACGUGCUUUAGGUGAGGCAACUUCUGAUGCUGACCUACACCAGAGUGAACAUGAAAAAAUCAAAGCAAUGGGCCAAGUUCUUUCUAAGGCAAAAGAUCAAUUGUAUGACUGCAAGUUGGUUAUUGGGAAAGUAAGGGCAAUGCUACAAACUGCUGAUGAGCAAGUUAGAGGCUUGAAGAAACAAAGCACAUUCCUUAGUCAGUUGGCUGCCAAGACCAUACCAAAUGGAAUUCACUGCUUAUCGAUGCGCCUUACCAUAGAUUACUACCUCCUCCCACCUGAAAAGAGAAAGUUCCCUAUGACUGAGAAUUUGGUUAAUCCCAGUCUUUAUCAUUAUGCCCUAUUCUCAGACAAUGUUUUGGCUGCAUCUGUUGUCGUCAACUCAACUGUUGUGAAUGCAAAGGAUCCUUCAAAGCAUGUGUUUCACCUUGUUACCGAUAAACUAAAUUUUGGAGCCAUGAACAUGUGGUUUUUAUUGAAUCCUCCUGGGAAAGCUACAAUCUAUGUUGAAAAUGUUGAUGAAUUUAAGUGGUUGAACUCAUCUUACUGCCCAGUCUUGAGACAGCUUGAGUCUGUGACAAUGAAAGAGUAUUAUUUCAAGGCAGGCCACCCAUCCACUACUGGUGCUUCUAAUCUCAAAUACAGAAAUCCAAAAUAUCUUUCAAUGCUCAAUCACUUGAGGUUCUAUCUUCCACAAGUUUAUCCAAAAUUGGAUAAGAUUCUUUUUCUUGAUGAUGACAUUGUUGUUCAGAAGGAUUUGACUGGAUUAUGGAAUGUGGAUCUUCAUGGAAAAGUUAACGGUGCAGUUGAAACAUGUGGUGAGAGCUUUCACCGAUUCGACAAAUAUCUUAACUUUUCAAAUCCACAUAUUGCAAAAAACUUUGAUCCCAAUGCUUGUGGUUGGGCAUACGGAAUGAACAUGUUUGAUUUGAAGGUGUGGAAAAAGAAGGACAUUACUGGCAUAUAUCACAGGUGGCAGAAUUUGAAUGAAGACAGGGUACUAUGGAAAUUAGGGACAUUACCUCCAGGGCUAAUGACAUUCUAUGGAUUAACACAUCCGCUAAAUAAAUCAUGGCAUGUACUCGGUUUGGGUUACAGUCCAAGUAUAGAUCGUACAGAGAUUGAGAAUGCAGCAGUUGUACACUACAAUGGUAAUAUGAAGCCAUGGUUAGAGAUAGCCAUGACAAAGUAUCGCCCUUACUGGACCAAAUAUGUCAAGUAUAACCAUCCUUAUCUUAGGAACUGUAAGCUAAGUGAAUGGUCUGGAUAAACCCAAUUCCUAAGUACAAAGAACACUCUUUUUCCUCCAGAAUAUACCCCAGCCUUCUCUCUCCUUUUUAACCUGGCAAUCUCAAGUGAAGUGCCUUGUUUAGAGUAUAUGAUUGAAUUAUCCAAGUGAUAGAGUCAACGCUUGUGUUCUAUCUGCCCUUGCUUCACCAUCUCUAUCCCACGCCAUUGCCAUUGAUUUUUGCUUUUCAUUCAUUUAAUUUGUUUACACCAUUCUCACUAAUUUGAGACAAGGUACAAUAAAUAGUAUACCUUGUUUACUUAUAAAGAUCCUUCAUUGUAUACUCUGAUGCUACGAAUGGACUAGAAAUUGAAUUAUAUAAUUUUAUGUAUUCUUUCAGAA